AUGAUGUCUCUGCUGGAGAAGGAGGCGCGCGACCCCGUGGAGGUUCUGCGCGUGAAGCUCAAGGACUCGACGUCCACGUCGCUGCUCAACUCGCAGCUGCUGCAAGAGAUCAAGAGCGACUACGUGGCCAAGCAGGACAGCACCAGGGGUCAGCUGGACGGCUUCGUGCAGGCCCAAGUGGACGAGAUCGAGCGCGCCAGCGCCUUGCUGGAGCUCGAGACGCCCGUGCGGCAGAUCGUCAAGAACCUGGAGGACCUGGGGCACAACUGCCGCCGCAUGAACGAGGAGCUCGGGGAGAAGAAGGCCUCGUCCUCGGGCGUCAGCAUCGCGAGGCGCAACUUGAAGGAGCUGGAGCACCAGAUGGUCUUCUACGAGGAGCUGCCGAGGAAGGUGCAGGGGCUGCACGACGCCCUCGACGGAGGGCUCAUGGGCUUCGUGGACGUCUACGUGAAGUGGCAGGAGAUCGACGACUGGAGACAGAAGAUGCUGCACGAGUUGAGUGUUGCUGCAGUUGAGAAGAGCGACGAGCUAGGCAACAGCAAGGCUCAAGCGCGAAUUAUGGCGUCGAUGGGGUCCAGGCUGAGCGCCAUCGAGAGCGUGCAGAACCGCAUUUACGCCGAGGUCUGGGGCUGUCUGCACCACUGCGUGGAGAUCGCUCAGUUCGGGAAGCAGAGGCUGCUGGAUGCGUUUCAGGUGCUGAAUCUCAUGGAGGCGCGGCGACAGCGCUUCGCAGACUCAAAGAAGGAGGUGUACCUGGACAACCAGCUGAAGCCGGUUGCAGAGUUCAACACGGCCAUUCGAGAGAGAUGCAAGACGGAAGUCACGUCGUUUCUUGCAAAGCGCAUCGAGGGGAUAUUCCGCACGGCCGAGAGUGAAGCAGAGGCUGAGAAGAAGGAUUUGUUCACCCCAGUUCUCGAAGCGGCAACGCAAUUGAUGAUGGAUCUGGAGAUCGUUCAGUCCGACGUGGCGCCGUGCUUCCCCAGUGAAAUUGACGUUAUCCACUUGUUCACGGUUACAUACAACGCACAGCUCGAGUAUGAAAUAACAAAGCUGAGCGCAAGACCCGACGUUGGGAUCGCUCAGCGCCUCCAGAUCGUUCAGUGGAUCGACUACUACAACUCGGAAAUCAUCAAGUACAAGCACUCGCGAGCUUCUAUCGUCUUGGACAGAACGUCCCAGGAGCUCAUGAAGGCCUAUCUCGAUGAAAUCAAAGUCCAGAUCCACACGUGGGUUACUAAUAUCUGGAAACGAGAGGAGGAGUGCAUCGUUGGUCCACAGGGAGAGCUGCAGUCAACUCGUCCGAAUGACAUUGUGAAUAUUCUCAAGUCGCAGAUUUCUAUCGCCCAGGAAUGGUUGAGUGGGCGGUUAGUGGGAUGCGUUGUGGCGACGUGCUUGCAAGUCCUCAUGGAGGAGUUGAAGAUUCGCUACGAUAGUAUCGCUGGUAAACUUGAGACUGUGGACGCUGAGAUGCUCUGCUCCUUCAUCAACGACGCAGAGAUUCUGCAGGCGAAAUGUCCCGAAUUGGUGGAGGAAAUCUCGUUUGCUGAGACGGAUUCGGAAGAGAAAGAAGCCUUCGAUACGUUCAUGGGGGACAGUUUGGACACCACGUCGACCGACAUCGUUGCGUUUGCCACGAACGCCUGCGAUCUAAUCGUGAGCAAGAUAUUCCACGAAGUGGAGCAGGAUACUACCAAGUUGUGGUUUUCAAAGAAGUGGGAUGAAGGCGCUCCUGUUGUGGAGACGCUUCUGGUCACCCUCGAUGAUUACUACCCGGACCUGAAAAAGUGGAUCUUUGGCUCUUUCUUCUUCUCCAAGGUCGUCCGGCAAUACCUGAACCAGUGCGCGAAAGAAUAUUGCGCGCGCUUGCUUCAGCGUACGCAUUCCUUCUCCAACCCGGCCAACACUGCUGCUACCGUUGACAAUGACUUGCAUAAUUUUGUCCAGUUCUUCAACAAGUACAGUGCGGAUUUACGACGAACAGGAAUUCGCUCCGAAGAGGACAUCAGAAGGGAGUUCACAUGCAUCCAGGUGAUCAGCUGUACCCUGCGAGGUGAAGCACCGCCUGAUUCAAACCAGCACGACACGGGCGAUAUCCUCCGCCAUGUUGUCAAGCUGAUAAAGACGACCUCAACUCAAGAAUCGUCAAAGACAAAGGAGAAACCGGUCAAGGAAGGAAGCGUGAAGAAGAAGCGCUUCGGUGCCAUCUCGAAGGGCAAGAAGAGCAAAACCAAGGGCGAGAAGGACAAGGCCGACCCCGCUAAGACCAGCGCUGCUGACGAUGCGAAGGAGUCGACAUCACGCGGAAGCUCUUUCACCCAGCAAGACGACGACGGGGACAGCUUCACUGUCCAGAAGCUCGACAUGGUCGCAUUUUUGGGCAGCUAA